GGAGGGGAGGGAGGAGGCGUGUCCCUUCCCCGCCGCCUCUGCCCUCACUGCGAAGAGAGGAGCCGCUGCGGUGUCUCAGCCUCCGAGCUGCGGUGCCAAAGGCGCACAGCUCAGAACAGAGAGCGGCGCGACGCCUCGAAGGCUGCGCGGAGCGGAGGAGCCCGGAGCUGUCCCAACUUCACGGGACUUUUCCUCGCUUCCCUCAGCCAUGCCCUUCGCGUCUGCCUCAGCUCUUUCGCUGGUCGCUGUCGGCAAGAGCAGCAGCGCCGGCGCCUCUUUACAGCCAGCGCCGGGCGCUCCGGGAGCCGCGCGCGGUGCGCGCACGGACUCGCUUGCCGCCUCUCGCUGAAGCCGCUACCGCGCGUUCCUUCCUCGGGCGCCAAAGUGCUGCGCUUACUCCUCUUCUUCGAGGGGGCGCACGCUCCUCUCUCAAGCGGGACUGUAGAGCUGCCUCCGCCCUCCCGGUGGAGUUAGCCGAAGGGGCCCCGCCGUCACCGCUUGCGAAGCGAGGAGGGGCCAAAGAGGGUGAGACCCGGACGGCGUCGGUUUGAGCUUGAGGAGGAGCCAGGGCUGGGCAGCCGGACCCCGCCCUUCCUCCCUCAUCCCACACCCCGGGGUCUAGUGGGCAGCCACAGCCGCCUGAUCUUCGCGCUCGCUCCCUUCUUCCCCUCCGCCUUUUCCUCCCUCGCGCCCGCCCCCCCAGCCAUGAACUUUGGCCGGGGGGGCCCGUCGGUGGUGGUGUUGAACGUGGGGGGCACCCGGUACUCCUUCUCAUGGGAGGUACUGAAGGACUUCCCUUUGCGCCGGGUGAGCCGCUUGCACGGCUGCCUGUCGGAGCAGGACGUGCUGGAGGUGUGCGACGACUACGAUCGCGAGCGGAACGAGUACUUCUUCGACCGGCACUCGGAAGCCUUUGGCUUCAUCAUGCUCUACGUGCGCUACGGCCACCUGCGCUUCGUGCCCCACAUGUGCGAGCUCUCCUUCUACAACGAGAUGAUCUACUGGGGCUUGGAGUCCUCCCACCUCGACUACUGCUGCCAGCGCCGCCUGGACGACCGCAUGUCCGAUACCUACACCUUCUACUCGGCCGAAGAUCUCCAGGCGGAGCCCGCCGGAGGCUGGAGCAGCAGCAGCACGAGCAGCAGCAAAAGCAGUUACCACCCCCAGAGCCGAGGCGGAGCCGAAGAAGGAGAAGCCGACAAGGGCAGCAGCCGCGCAGCGCCCCCGCCCGGCACCGAGAAAAAGUGGCUGGAGAGGAUGAGGAGGACUUUUGAGGAGCCCACCUCUUCCCUCGCCGCCCAGAUCCUGGCCACGGUCUCCAUCCUCUUUGUCAUCAUCUCCAUGGUGGUGCUGUGUGCCAGCACCAUGCCCGAGUGGAGGGCAGCAGAGAAUCGAAGCAUGGAGGAGCAAAGCAGGUACACAGCAGACUCAAUCAGGGAGCCUUCAGGGAUAAUUGAAGCAAUCUGCAUAGGCUGGUUCACUGCAGAGUGCAUUGUGAGGUUCAUCAUCUCCAAAGACAAGUGUGAGUUUGUCAAGAGGCCCCUGAACGUCAUUGACUUGCUGGCAAUAACUCCCUACUACAUCUCUGUGCUGAUGACAGUUUUUACAGGGGAGAAUUCUCAGCUCCAGAGGGCUGGAGUCACUUUGAGGGUCCUGAGAAUGAUGAGGAUUUUUUGGGUGAUUAAACUUGCCCGUCACUUCAUUGGCCUUCAGACACUUGGCCUGACUCUAAAGCGAUGCUAUAGGGAGAUGGUGAUGCUGCUCGUCUUUGUCUGUGUUGCUAUGGCAAUUUUCAGCGCACUUGCCCAGCUCCUUGAACAUGGGCUGAAAUUAGGGAAGCCCAAUGAAGGCUAUGCAAGCAUCCCAGCUGCUUGCUGGUGGGUGAUCAUCUCUAUGACCACUGUUGGUUACGGUGACGUAUGCCCCAUCACAAUACCUGGAAGGAUUCUUGGAGGGAUUUGUGUGGUCAGUGGGAUUGUUUUGCUGGCCCUGCCUAUUACUUUCAUAUAUCACAGCUUCGUGCAGUGUUACCAUGAGCUCAAGUUCCGGUCUGCUAGGUUCAGUAGGAGCCUCUCUGCCGAAUUCUUAAAUUAACGAAUAGCACAAUUGCAUUUCAUAGUAGCAUUUAGUAUAUUGAACAAGACCUUCCUUGUCCCUUCCCUUUUUCCUGGUGACUGCCAAAUAGAUAGGCAAAGCCCUAUAACCUAAAAGGAAUGCUUUCCUCCUCUCAGCUUGCAGAAUGGCCACUUACUCUUUGUCCUAUAGUAGCUGAGAUUUACAAGGAUGAAAACAAAAUAUUCAUUUCCUUAGUCUCAUUGCACACAAGAGUCUCCAACUUGUUGGACAUUGCAGGCGGUAUGCACUAUUUAGAGAGAAGCACAUGUAUUUUUUUUAAAAAAAUGCCCUUGAUGUUGAAACAUUUAAAUAUAUUCUCAAUUUUCAUUUCUGGGUCUAUUUCUGGGAACAUGUAUAGUCCAGAGAUCCAUUGAUUAGCUAUGUGCACCCAGAGUAGGGGGGUGAGAUUUAUUUAUUUUUGAACAGUAGCACCUUGCAUUGAAUUGCAAGCCACUCUUGAAACUUGUUGGGGAUUGCAAAAGCCAUCUAUAAUUCAGUUUGAAGAAGGAAGGCUGGGCUUCUGGGGCCAGCUUAGGGGAGGUCAAUAGUCUGACUUUUCAUGAACAACCCAUAGGACAUGCCUGAUGAAGCUCUUUAGAUUAUAGCCCUUGUGGUAACUUGUGAUUACCGGGAUUGCUGAGAAUAUGAUAUGGAAGGCCUCCUUUGUUCCCUUUCCCCAAAAUUACCUCUUGAGUUGAAAUGGAAUUACUUGCAAAGUUACUCCCUACUUUUAGGGCAGACCUAAAGCUGGACUUAAAACCAGCCCGUGGCCAGGCCGUGUGUGUGUGUGUGAAAGGAACUGGUAACACUUAAUGGCAACAGGUUGGAGACGACUGAAGGUAAUGUAAGACAUCUUUGUUUGUGGUAUACACACUAAUCCUGCCAUCAUCUCUGUUCACACCUUUUUUUUACCAAACUGACAAAAAACAUUUUGACCAGAGACAUAAGCUAAUAAAGAAAUGAGUAUGUAAACCAACCUUCUCCAACCUGGUCCCCUGCAGAUAUUGUUGGAUUCCAAUCCCCAAUAGCGCCAGCCAGCAUGGGAUGAUGGGAGCUAUAAUCCAACAACAUAUGGAGGGCACUAGAUUGGGGAAGACUGAUGCAAUCUAUGAUUCUUCUGCCAUUCCACUUCCAACUGUCCCCUUGAAAAGUGUUUGGUUUUGUACCUUAACCAAUUGUAAACUUUAAAGAUAUUCCCUUAACUUCAGCUCCCCUUACAACAGUGGUUAUCUGGUAAUAUUAAGGAGAACGUUGGGGUUCCCUCAGAAGCUUAACGGGGUCCCUCUGUGAUGAGAUCAGGUGACCAAGCCAAGACAUUACCAACAGUAUCCCCCUGCAAUGCAUACAAAGGGUUGCUUGGUGUAUUUUGAGAUACAUUCUCAGUUUUCACAGAGCGAUGGCAAAGCUCAAUAGGCUUAGCCAGUUCCAUAUGUGAGAAUGCAUCCUAGAAGAGUCAUUAGACUCCUCUGUCAUGCACAGGGAUUCCUCUGCAGAUGAAUCAAUGCAGAAUGGGUUUGCUUAAUGUUGAAAAUUUGGAAACUGUUGCAUUAGAAAGGCUUGAGUCAUUGGCUGAACUAAUAAUGGAUUUGCAAUUAAAAAAAGAGACCCAACAUUUGUACACACAUUUGUACCAUACAUUUAAAACACUUUUCUUUUGUAGUUUGUUAAGGGUGCUGAGAAUUGUAGCUCUGUGAGGGGUAACUUAACCAUUCCCAUGAUUUGUUUUUUGGGGGGGAGAUGUACUUAAAACGUAUGGUGUGUACACAGCCCUAUAUUGGUAGAUAGCUUGUUCCAAGUCCUUUAAUUCCCUGAAGAAAUUUAAGAGCACUGGAAGUAUUGCACAUUCUCCGUGCCCCCUACCUCCCCACUCCCCUACCAUACAGUUGAGGAAAUCAUCUGAUACCCUUUCUAGCCAAGUUAAUCUGUAUGAAGAAAAGUGAGGUCAGCAGAGUUACUAGAUUCCAGAUUUACAGGUGAGAUGAGAACCUGUCCUUUUUUUUCUUCCUGUUGGACAAUGUAUUCUGUGUACCCAGAUUUUCUGGCAUUCCAGUCCUAAAUUCCUCUACUGGGGAAUAAUGUACUUCAUUCCAAGUGUGUUUUGGAUCAGCAACAAAAAAGAAUUAUGGGAGAGAACUGUGACGAUCCCACCAGCUGGCUCUACCUGUGAUAUUCCCACCAGGGCCACCACUUGUCAGGAUCUCGUUUUUUAUUUGUUCUCUCACACGCUCUAGCACAGAUCUCACAAGAUCCCACUGCUAGGCAGCACCACCAGUCACUCCCUGUAAACAAUACUGCUAGAGACUUUGCUUUAGUCUCCCUAUGGCUUGCUACUUUGUGUCUGGGUGCCCUUGCUGUCCACAACCCCCUUGUAUCUUUGUCUAUAAAGCAUACAAUCCUGGGUUGCUCUGAAUACUUGACAAUGUUACAAUAUCUCCCUUCACCGCUGCCACCAUUUAUUUGAUACUGUUUCCCUCCAGCCUUGGUAAUUACCCUGCCCUCCCUUCUGGUCUCUGUAUUCCCAGCCAAGGAUCAGGCUUUAGGUAAACCAAUAAAAGUAUUUAUUUGAUAACACCAGGUUAACAAGAUUACUUUAGGAAUGUUCAACAAGCGUAUGGUUUCAUUUAGUGUCACUCUUUAUGUUUCCAGUCUUAUAUAUUCUGCCUAAAUACCAGCCAAAUAUAAUCCAACCCACAACCAACUCCAUCCACACUCCACAACCAAUCGCCAACAACUCCCCCCCCCGACUCAACUGUCAUCCUCUCAUUUAUACCUUCAGCCAUUCAAACACUCAGCCAAUCAUCAUCCAACAUUCUCCAGCAUUCUAGCCCGUGUACUCCCCCCUCUUACUCAGUCACUUACCAUAUAUCACUUAAUAAACCUGCACUUACCAUAUUUAGAAAUAUUAAAAUACAGGGACAUCACAAGAGCUACUAUUGAAUUUUAUCAAAUUCAGUUGCUGACAAUGUGAUAGAUGUUUUUAGUGAAGACUCACUGUGUGAGCUAUUGCUGAGCAUGUGUUAUGUUGCCAACUAAGUUUCAUGAGUAUGAAACUAUUCUUUGAAAACCUUUGUUCCCCCUGCCCAUCAUUUUAUUAACAACUUCACUGCAGUAGCCAAAGUGGUGCAGUAGAUAAAGAACAGAGUUCAAAUCCCUGCCCAGCCAUGAAAGUAAGUGGACAGCCUUGGACAAGUUUCUAUCUCUCAACCUAACCUUUCUUUCAAGGCAAGUCAUUCAUAGGCUGUUGUAAAAAUAAAAUUAGAUAAUCUACACAUACCCAGAGUUUAGCUGCUUGUAUAGAAUACAAAUGUGAUAAUAAAUACAGAUCUCCCAGGGAAAUCAUGAAAGUAUCAUUCUUGAAAUAUGGAAUAAUUCUUUAAAAUAAAAUUGCAGGGAAACAAGGUAAUGGGAAAUCAGAUAUGCAAAGUUUAGACAUUCUGGUCCAAGCAUAGGGUACCUGUGGCUCUACAGAUGUUGAACUCUAGCUUCCAUCAUCCAUGACCAUUAUCCACACUGGUUGGGGUAAAGGGGCUGGAGUCUAACAACAUUCCUGUUCUAGGCCAGUCUCUGGAAAAACCACCCCCCAACCACCCUUACUAGUUUUUAAUCCUUGGGCAAAAAUGGUCCAUAUCUCCUUAGAUUUCUCUGCAACCGUGAGUACUAAAAACUUUCCUUAAAAAAAAAAGAGGGAGAUUUUUUUAUUACUAUGUUGAAACCUAGUAUCAGCUGUGUUUCAGGAAACUGGUAGAUUGGUAGAUUGGAUUUGUAUAUCACACUCAAAUGGGAUUUGUUAUCUGUGUUUGAUAAUGAUCCUUACUGAAGGAAGCCAUUCUGAACUGAUAAACUUUAAUGUAGUUUAUAGACUGGACAGAUGAAAAUAAACACAGCCUGACUGAUACGGAAAGGAGCUCUCUAGCUGAAUGUAAGUUGUGCUAUGUAAAAAGCAGUAUGUACUCUCUUGUAAAUG